CCCCCGCCGACUGGUCCGCAUAAUCUCAGCUCGCUGAUGGGUCGGUAUUGUCGCCACUCUCCAGUCGGUACAACCAACUACAAACCCGCUUUUCACUUGGUUUGUAGACAAAGAUUGCACAGAGUAUUCGCCGGAGUUGUGGAAAGUGAAUUUAUAGAAGUUUCGCAUCUUGUUUUUUAUACAAAAUGGCUCGCAGAUAUGAUACUCGCACAACAAUAUUUUCUCCAGAAGGUCGUUUGUACCAGGUGGAGUAUGCCAUGGAGGCUAUAAGUCAUGCUGGAACUUGCCUCGGUAUUUUGGCCAACGAUGGUAUCCUGUUGGCAGCUGAAAAAAGGAAUACAAACAAACUUCUUGAUGAAGUAUUCUUCUCUGAGAAAAUCUAUAAGCUCAAUGAAGAUGUAGUAUGUUCUGUAGCUGGUAUAACAUCAGAUGCAAAUGUUUUGACAAAUGAGUUACGUCUCAUUGGUCAACGAUACCUUCUUCAGUAUGGAGAAACAAUUCCUUGUGAACAGUUGGUUUCAUGGCUCUGUGAUGUUAAGCAAGCUUAUACACAAUAUGGUGGUAAAAGGCCUUUCGGUGUAUCAAUUUUGUACAUGGGUUGGGAUCGUCACUACGGUUAUCAGCUCUACCAGUCUGACCCUAGUGGUAAUUAUGGUGGAUGGAAAGCCACUUGCAUUGGCAACAACUCUGCAGCUGCCGUUUCUUCAUUGAAACAAGAAUAUAAAGAAGGAGAAAUGACGCUGAAAGAUGCUAUGGCACUUGCAAUUAAAGUUAUGUCUAAGACAUUGGAUAUGAAUAAGCUCUCAGCAGACAAAGUGGAAAUGGCAACAUUGACGCGUGCUGACGGAAAGACGAAAACGAGAAUCCUGCCAGCAAAUGAAGUGGAAGCAUUAAUUGCAGAACAUGAAAGAUUAGAGGCAGUGGCGGAAGCUGCGAAGAAGGAAAAGCAAAAGCUUUAGGUUGUUUAAUUUGGCUAUUUAAAUUUAAAGAAGGCGAUUAUCCUAAAAAUUUGAUCAAUGGAGCGUAUUUCACUUUUUUAUUGUAUGUAAAUGAAAAAUAUAAUAUUUGAACAAUUCAGA